AAGUGCUCUUCCAGACUGUCAGAGCCCGUGUUUGGUGGAGGUGGUGGUAGUGGUGGUGGACUGGAGUUGGUGGUGCAAUCUGGGAAAAUUGUGUUCGUUCCUUUUUUUCCUGGCUGUGGAGCGUUUCCCCUGUGGCGGGUGGGAGUCAGACACGAGAGUGAGAGAUGAGUACCAUGUUCGCGGACACAUUGCUCAUCGUUUUUAUCUCUGUGUGCACGGCUCUUCUUGCUGAGGGUAUCACCUGGGUCCUGGUUUACAGGACAGACAAGUACAAGAGACUGAAGGCAGAAGUGGAAAAACAGAGUAAAAAAUUGGAAAAGAAGAAGGAAACAAUAACAGAGUCUGCAGGUCGACAACAAAAAAAGAAAAUAGAGAGACAAGAAGAGAAACUGAAGAAUAACAACAGAGAUUUGUCAAUGGUUCGAAUGAAAUCCAUGUUUGCCAUUGGCUUCUGUUUUACUGCUUUAAUGGGAAUGUUCAAUUCCAUAUUUGAUGGUAGAGUGGUGGCAAAGCUCCCUUUCACCCCCCUUUCCUAUAUCCAAGGACUGUCGCAUCGGAAUCUCCUGGGGGAUGACACCACAGACUGUUCCUUCAUCUUCCUGUAUAUUCUCUGUACCAUGUCUAUUCGACAGAACAUCCAGAAGAUUCUUGGUCUUGCCCCUUCACGAGCUGCCACCAAGCAGGCAGGUGGAUUUCUUGGCCCUCCACCUCCUUCUGGGAAGUUCUCUUGAAAUCAAAAAGAACCCGAUAAUUCCUGUCAUACUUUUUCAGACAUUCAUAUCAGACUGGCAACUAUUUUGUAGCAAGAGCCAUAGGCAGCCUUAGCACUCAGGCUGCAUUUUAUUUUUUAGUUAUUUCUAGACUUUUUAAAUAUGAUUCAAAUGAGAAUGGCACCCAACAAAUGUGAUAGUGCUUUUGGUCACAAAUUUAAAAUAAAAGUGUUGGUUAGAUAAAUUCAAGUGAUGUUUAUAUAAUGAGAAGCAAAUAGCAUCUUUCUUGUUUUGCUUACACCAGUAUUUUCUGUGAGACUGACUCUAGGUUGUACUAUGUGCCAUGUACCAUGGGUGUGGCUAUUCAUGAGCAUUUAGAGAUCAGAAAGAAAAGUUUAGUUCAUGUAACUCUUAAUUGGAACUAUUUAAAUGUGCAUUUUAAGCCAAGUAUACGACCUGAGCUCAAUAGCGGCCAAAAUUUUAGCAAUUUCAUCUACAAGGAGAGAUCCUUUUUGUUUGCCAUAUUUCUAUCUAAAACAUGCUUUUAGUAAUCUGAACAUAAAGGUGGUAAACAUCAGCAGUGUUAAAAUAAAAUAAAGGAUUGAAAUAACAGUUUUUAAUGUAUUAUUUUAUCAUACCACCUCCUGUGCACAAUAUGGAGUUGUCCUGUUAGAGGAAUUGGAACGUGUGAGUGGAAAGGAAAAUAGUAACUCAUGGGAGUAUAAAAAUGAGGGUUCUUAGCAGUUCCUUUUACACCCUAGUACAAACUAUGGGAUUUUUGCAAAGGUCUUCCCAUGGAGGCGAGCCAGGCGAGGUUAAUCUUGUAGAGCUUCCUCUUAGCCACACUGGUCUUCGGUUUUUGCCAUGCUCUUGUAAAGGAUGAAAAGAUGCUUGCACAACGAUCUUUCCCUUAACUCGUGGAAUUGAAAAUCCUGUAUGAGUGAUAACUCUAGCAAUAAGUACACACAUUUAUCAGUAGUUUCCUUAGGCGCAUGUAUUACACCAGUCAGAGCAGAUUCUCUGUUUGUGAAGUAACAAUCAUUAAACUGACAGCAAACUUCCCCAUGACAUGAACUCUAGAAGACAGUGGGGGUAAUAUCUUCAAACCUGAAGAAAGUAUCACCUAGAAUUUUAUACACAGCUGAACCAUAAGAUGUGGGCGUGGGGUGGGGCAGCAUUUUCAGAACUACAAAAUCCAAGAUAAAUGAUUAUUAUUAAAGGAUAUAUCCAGUGACAAAGUAGUUUACCCACCCAAGGGGAAAGUGUGAGAUACAGGAAAUAAUGGUAAACAUAGUAAUUGAUAAAAUAUGGAUA